GCUGUUACUUGUGGUUAUCAGAAGUGGCUGAUUCAUCUUAUCGCGUGAAUAAUGAAUUUCUAUUUUGAAGCCGCCGACGCUCUUGACCGGCUCGAUGCUAAGCAAGGCUCAAUAAAGAGCAUCAUUAACACCUUGCCAGCGAAAGACCGCAAGCGUAGCGCUGCUCUCGUUAUUGAGACACUCAAAUACAAAGCUGUUCUGCUUGAUGUCAUAUCAGCUGCAAAGAUUCUCGAGGAGCGGAAAAUCACCUCUAAAAACCUAGCUUUAGUAUUAGUCCACGAUCUUUUGCUCUCCCGAGGUAUUCAGGCUGGGGAUGGCCCCGUCAAGCAGGCGAUCUUGAAGCAUAAGACCAGACUGCGCAGCGAGUUCCAAAGAGCGAAGAUCAAGCGAGGCGUACGAUCCGACGAAGAGCUCGCUCAGACAGACGAUGUUCGUGCUGGUGAGUCUUGGGGCCUGCGUAAGGUAUCCACGGCUACUAAACCGACCUUGUCAGCACGGAUCCCGCGCUACGUUAGGGUCAACACCUUGAAGUCCACGCACGAAGAAGUCGUGAAUGUCCUACAGUCACGAGGAUAUCAGGUUGGAGAUCCUCUGCAGGCAAAGCACUACGCUCUAGACGAACAUAUCCCAGAGCUCCUAUCGUUACCACCAAACAUCCAGUUCCAUGACGAUCCGCUGUAUUUCUCAGGAAAGAUCAUUCUACAGGACAAGGCCUCAUGCUUUCCUGCCGCCGUUCUAGCUCCUCCAGCAACAGACACCGCUGUAGUAAUAGAUGCCACCGCUGCACCGGGGAACAAGACGUCACACUUGAGUGCUUUAAUGCGAAACAAGGGCAAGUUAUUCGCAUUUGAGCGCGACCGAAAGCGGUUUACGACACUACAAAGUAUGCUCAGCAAGGCUGGAUGCAAGAAUACGGAGGCCCUCAAUGUCGACUUCACGAACAUCGAGCCAACAAAUUCUAAUUACUCACAGGUCACCCAUAUCCUCCUGGACCCUUCAUGCAGCGGUUCCGGCAUCGUCAAUCGGCUCGACUAUCUUCUUGAUACCGAAGAAGAGACGGACUCGGUUCAUCAAGACCGCCUUAGCAAGCUCUCUGCCUUCCAGCUCACGAUGAUUAAGCAUGCCAUGAAGUUCCCUUCUGUGCAGAAAAUUGUGUACUCGACAUGCAGCGUACAUGCCGCUGAGAACGAACACGUCGUUCAUCAGGCUCUCAAUAGUGAGGAAGCCGCCUUGGGUCAUUUUGUCCUCGCUCCCCGUUCGCAGGUUUUGCCUUCUUGGCAUAGAAGAGGCCUACCAUCAGACAUGAAGAGCGACAACCCUGAUGAUGCAGACAGUCUGAUACGGUGCUCCCCGGGAGAGGACGCUACGAACGGCUUCUUCGUGUCAUGCUUCGUGAAGAGCAUUCCGGACCAAGCGCAAGGGAGCUUACAUCCUGAGCACGAGUCAUCCCCUCCAUCUAGGACUAUAGAGCUCGUCAAACGGAAACGGACGGAAUCUAAUGGUCUGACCGGUGAUAGUGGGCAAAGUAGUGGUACUAAAAAGAAGAAGAAGAGGAAAACUCGGAAAAGCAGUUUGGGACAACCUCCAGCAGCAGGAUCGUAGCAUCACUUCGUAUUCCGUCUUGGACCCAUCCAAAUGAUCUCGGAUUGAUGAAUAUCAAUGCUUGAUGCACGCACAAACCC